AUGAUCAUGACGACCAAGAUUAUAACGGUUAUGACUGACACGAUCGUGAUUAUGGCUAUGAUGAUUAGUGAUUAUGACUAUGACGGUCAUGGUCACAACGAUUGUGAUUAUGAUGACCGUGAUUAUGAUCAUGAUGAUUACGACCAUGAUUGCGAUGCUUAUGACUACGAUUAUGAUGGUUAUGUUUGUGACUGCGGUUAUGAUGACGACUACGGGCAUGAUCAUGAUAAUGAUUAUGAUUAUGUUCAUGAUCAUGAUCAUAACGAUUACGACUGA